CGCCCUAAUAUUCAUUGUUAUGUUAAUUAAUGUUCAUCUUUUGUCUUCUCACCAGUUACAGCCAUGGAUCGAUCCCUCCAAAACACACACGCGAAACUCGUGGCGCGUGACAUCCAUCGCCUGACACAGUCACCUACAGAAUCCAACUCUUUCUCCCUACUUGGCGGCGCGUGUGUCUCACGCGUAGAGACAGUAGGCACAAUCGUCUCUCGUGACCUGACCCCUAAGUUCCUCAAGUUCGGCGUCGACGAUGGCACCGGCUGCGUCACGUGCGUCCUAUGGCUCAACCAACUCACGUCUUCUUACUUCUCCCGGUGGGAUCCAGACACGAUUCUGCUGCUCGCUAGUGCCGCGCGGAAACAAGCCGCAGCGAUCAGAAUAGGAGCCGUGGCUCGCGUUCGUGGCCGCGUCGGCUCGUACAGAGGAGUGAUGCAGAUCACGGCUACUGUGGUGGUGGUCGAGAGAGACCCGAACGCGGAGAUCUUGCACUGGUUGGAGUGUUUAAGGCUCGGUCAAAGUUGUUAUCCUAUUCAAAAUUAAUCAGCUCCUUUUUUGUUGUAAGUUAAUCAACUUUGAAAUCUAAA